UGGCGGUGCCGUGGCCUAAGUCGAACCUCUCUAAUGGCAGAUCAGGGACGAAAAACGCUUCAACGUCACCAAACAUUUGCCAAAGUAACGAAGAGGUUUUUCCCCUUAAUGAGAGGGGAAUAUAUUCCAGUCAGCUAACAACACAGUUAACUAAAGUGCCUCAAAGAUCGUCUACAUAAUAACAUGUCGCUUACCUGUGUAAUUUUAUAAACUAAUAAAUUAUGAAUUAAUUGUUAUAUCUCGUGGUGAGAUUAUUUAUUAGCUUGCAUUCUCAUUUAACCUCAAGGUAUAAUGUGCUUUUGCGAAUCCUUGGUACUUCCAAGAGGGAAAUAAAAUUAUAUCAUAGUUGUUAAUCGUUAUUAAGCAUAUUCGCAUUCCAGUACGUCUCAUUAUUAUCAUCGCUCCGCCGCCCCCUCCACCCGUCUGGCCCAAACAACCGAGACGAGUGAUGUGUCCAGAUUACUUUGGGUCUAGAAAAUACGGCCACCGUAACACUUUAUUUGUUUCAUUCAAAAUUUAUAAAUUAGCAAAUGUCUGCUAAAUUCACAGUCAUUUAAUAAGUCUUAUUUUUGGUUUUAUAUAAUUUUUAAUGUUUCAUAAAUGUACGGGAUCUGAAAGCCAAAGUAUGAGAUUUUUAGUUGUUUAUGUACUAGGAAAAAAUUUCUGGGGUUGGCAGCCGUGCUGCGUAAGGUACACACACAUAUAGUUUAAUGUUUAUUAUUGCGAAUGGAAGUUGUUUCUGCUAGGAAUUCAAGUGACGGUUUUUGUACGGAGAUGUGUCUUCUGGGAAAGUGUUGUGAAUUUAAAUGAUUAAAUUAACUAGUUUUGUUGAGAAAUUUUGGAAGAAUAUGAGUUAUUACGCUGUUGCGAAGGGCAGAUAUCCUGGAGUUUAUUCUUCGUGGUCAGACUGCAAGAAGCAGGUAGAUCAGUUUCCUGGAGCAAAAUACAGGAAAUUUUCCACUGAAGUUGAAGCAAGAAAUUUUGUAAGCCAGUUUUGCACAAAUUCAUCUCACCCAACAACAAUCAAAAGAGAGAUUCUAAGUAGAAGUCCUUAUACGACUGAUGAGAUAGCUAAUAUAUAUGUAGAGGCUAUUUCAAAUGCUGUGAAACAUCGAGCAGACAGUGGCGUAGCUGCUGACCAACACAAUAAUGAAGAGAAGGCAACAGUGUCAGAUAUUUACAAGCGACUGUCACAACUGGAAGAGAAACAGGAUGAAAUAACAAAAAGAAUACGGGAGGAGCUAGAUGAAUUGAGAGAGAAUUUUCAAGCUCUUGAUUCAAGGCUUUCUAAAAUGGAAUCAAAAAUUUUUGAUAAAUCUGACGUGGAUCAUGUUGUAAUAAAAUCAAGACUUGAUGAUAUAAAUAAAGUGGAGAAAAUAUUCGAAGAGGAGUUUGGUCUCCUCAGAGAAAAAAUAAUCAAUUUGAAAGCACAGAAAACUGAGUUAGUUCCGAAAGACAAUGGUACUGAAUCUCGUAGACAACUUCUAAAAGAAAUAUUGUAUGAAGAAACUAAGCCAAAAGUUCUUGGAAACAGGCCAUCUGGUAGCAAAUCUGCUUCAGUCAGCAGUUCCAUUGGAGGAGCAAAACGAAAAUAUAGUACACAGAGCACAGAGGUUAACUCUGUGAAACAGCCAAAACUAGACUCCAGUGAGGACCAAAAAGUUGCCAGUGUGUCAACAUUAAAUUCCAGAGGCAACUUAUCGUCAAAUUCUGCUUUCAUUGUCAACAGUGAAGGCUACGUGGAAGUCUACACUGACGGGGCUUGUGAAAAGAAUGGAAAAAAAGGUGCUAAAGCAGGCAUUGGGGUGUGGUUUGGUGACAGUCACCCCUUAAAUAUAUCUGAACCUGUUGUGGGGAGACCAACUAAUAACACAGCAGAAAUUCAGGCUGCAACCUAUGCUGUGGAAACAGCAAAAAAAGCUGGAGUCAAAAAAUUACUUGUCCACACAGACUCAAAUUUCUUGAUUAGUUGUAUUACACAAUGGAUAAAAAAAUGGAAGAAAAAUGAUUGGCGUGUUCAAGGAGGAGAACCUGUUAAAAACAAAGAUGACCUUAUUGUUUUGGAUAACAAACUGCAAGGCAUUGAUGUGAAAUGGAACCAUGUACGAGGACAUUGUGGUCUUCAUGGAAAUGAGAUGGCAGAUCGUCUAGCUCGAGAAGGUGCAAAACGAUAUGUACAAUUUGCAUAUGAUGAAGAUUUUGAUGAUCUCUCACAACUGUAAAUGAUAAUGUACAGAAUUACAUUUUGGAAGUCGCUUAUUACAGCCAUUUUCUUUAUGACAUUGUGAGAAGAAAAAAUGGAUGACAGUUUGAAAUGGAAACAUGAAAUUAUUUGCCGUUAAUGAGAAAUUAUCAUAGAACUGUGUGCUUUGGUUUUUAGCAUGUGACUGAUGAGUUAUAGCUAGAGAACAAUGAUAAGUCUUUUGCCAUAAACAUAUUUUUGUAUUUUUAUUUUAUAUGCUGUUAUAUUAUUUUCUGUUUUUCUAUGGCUCACAUUUGUUGUUGUUGCCCAGAAUGUGACAUGCUGAAGAGUCAUGUUUGUGAGUAAGAGGAAGAAUGAGUCUGACAUGCGAGUGAAGGGAAAAAAGCAUAGAUUUUAAUAUUUAUCAGUAAUGGAACUGAUUUAUGUACACACAUUGUACUUAAACAAGCAUUUUAUUCAUUGUCAGAUACUGUGUUUUACAAUUACUGACUGUAUUGUAUUUAGAAUCUAAAAAACAACAUUUAUAUUGAGAAUUACUUUUCAUCGGUUUUUGGCCAGUUACUUUGCAUUGUAAGAUUGAAAAACCCAAGGCACUUUAUUACCUUUUGUUGUAUUUAUUCAUGGAAAAUAAAUGACAAAUGUUUUUGAA